CACGGAAACUUACGGACAUAAACGAAGAUUGAGCAGCUCAUAAAUAUUCAUGUUAAUAAACAUAGCGUAAACAGUGUGUGGAUAUUUUUGCAGAAAACGCUGUGUUUCAUACAUUAUACAAGAAUGUCAGCUACAGAGCAACCUAGGGAGACCCGUGAAAUUUCUGCUCCAAGAGUCGGAAAAUUUAAUGUGCACGUUCAGGGAGAUUUAAAACACAGACAGUUUGUAAUAUUAACAGUUCAUGAUCUAGGAUGCAAUCACAAUCAAUGGAACAAUUUUCUGAACCAUUGGUCGAUGCAGGAGAUUACAAAGAGGGCAGCGUUCAUUCACAUUGAUAUCCCAGGACAGGAAGAUGAUGCCCCAGAUCUUCAAGCUGAGUAUCCACCAAAGAAAGGUUCAGGAAUAUCUAUAUGUUAUACUUUCCCCACCAUGCAGAGUCUAGGAGAGGAUAUCGUCUGUGUACUUGAUCAGUUAGAUGUCAAGCAAGUUGUAUGUAUUGGAGAAGGGGCUGGGGCUAACAUUGUAGCCAGAUUUGCUAUUGCUCAACCGUCCAGAGUAUUUGGUGUAUGUCUUAUCCACUGUACUGGGACUACAGCUGGCUUUAUGGAAUCGCUCAAAGACAAGGUGAUAGGAUGGAAACUAGAACAGAUUGGUAUGAACCCAACAGCUGAGACUUAUCUGGUACUACAUAGAUUUGGAUCGUUUGAGAAAGCAAAGAAUAAAGAAGACUUAAAUAAAGUGAUUGCAACAUUCCAGAAUUCUCUUAGACACCACAUAAACCCUCAUAACUUGCACAGAUUUGUACAGUCUUUCAUGAAGAGAACUAAUAUUCUAGAUAGUAUUGGAAAGUUAAAAUGUCAGGUGUUGAUGAUCACUGGAACUAAGGCCUCUUUCAACCACACUGUACAUAACUUAUAUGGUCACAUGUUACAAAAAGUGGACAAGAAACAGUUGGAGUUACUAGAGGUAGAGGGUGUGGCUAAUGUAAUAGAGGAAAAGACUGAGAAGUUAGGAGAAGCCUUUUUGUAUUUCUGUCAAGGAUUAGGACUAAUUGGAGGUGUACCUAUGACCAGAGUUUCCAGAUCUUCCUCCAUGGAUGGAGCAGAUAUUCCUCUCAGAAAGAGAAGUAUGUCGAUGGAAGAAGCUGACAAACCCCUGGGUAUCUACUCCUCUAGUCCUGCUAGAACUGCACCAUUAUCUACUAGUCCUAAAAGUGGUAUUCAGAUGUCAACAAGUCCUCCUAGGAUUCCUGAAUAAAUUAUUUUGUCUGGUUGUUACAGUAUAGAUGGUUUAGUUCGUAGAACGAUAACAAGUUUAACUCAGUUGAAAUGACCUCAAGUUUAUUACUAUGCAAAAACCAUAUUUUCUAUGGAGAAUUUUGUAUAAAUUCAUGAAGGAUUGGUUUUAUAUUGUUAUAGGAAGACAGCAAGAAGAGUGAUCUAUGAUUGUAAUUAGCACUUCAGAUAGAUGAAUGUUUAUAACAGAGGUGAUUUUUUUCAGAUUUUUUUUUAAGUUCGUUUUUAAUAAUCAGUUAAAUACAGCAAAUUGAUGAGAAAUAAAAAAAAAAGGUAAUUUUUAGUGAGAUUUUUUCCCCCUGUAAAUCUUAAUAAUAGAGGUGCAAUCCUGGAAUAAAAAAUUAGUUCCACGGAAGUUCUGUUAAGAGUCUACUUAAUGAUUUACAUUCUAUCAAAUAUUUAAAGCUGAAAGAAAAAGUUAAAAAAAAAUGUUAAAAAAAAUAUAUAUUGAAAAGAAAAAAAAAGUUAUAUAAAAAAAGAGAACUGAUGUAGUAUAUGUAGUAAGCAUAUUUGAGAACUCUAUCAUUGUAAUACAAUUAUUUAAAAGUAUUCAAAAAGACAUCUCAUAUCAUACUAUCACAUCAAUAUUAAAACCAUACAUUGUGUUAUGCAAAAUGGAGAUCUUUAUGUUUAAUUGUUAAUAUGAUAUCAGUUCCUAGUGCCAUCAAGAAAACAUAUAAGUUACUUUUAUGUUAGUAAGAUAUAUGAAUUUUUAGUAAAAACUUGCAUUAAACACUGGUUAAAUUAAUAAUUUGGGUUUAAAAAAUGUAUUGAAUUAUCUAACUGGCCCAAAAUUUGUGUUAUGUCACAAGUAGAAGUUAUCAACUUUUCUGUUGUUGCCAUAUAUAUGUUUUCUUGAUUUAUAUGUUUUGUUAGACUAUGUUUUGUUUUGUUUUUUAAGUUUUUAAAGACUAUUUGCUACAGGGCUUGUAUAGAAUUCUUUGAAAAAACAUUAUCAAUCAAAGAGAAGAAAUAUAUACUAUGUAAAAUAUCAAAUGAAAUAUGUAUUUAGUCAUACAGAGAUGUUUUUCAUUAAGGUUAUAGGGUAGAUCUAUUUUUGUCUUUAUAAUGAAAUGUUUCACUUUCCUUGCCCAGUUUCACAUUAGUGUUGAUGGAGCCUCUUAUAAUGUACUAACAAUUCUUUACAAAAUGUGCCAUACAAAUUUUUAUUUAUUUUAAUUAAAGUUUAUAUAGGAAGAAAAAAUGUUUAUAUUUUUAUAUUAAUGAAAUAAGUCAUUGGUUUGUUUUUUCUAUUUUUAUCAUAAUUUUUGUUUUGUUUCAAAUUGAAUGGUCAUAUUUGCAGAUAGAAAUAAAAAAUGUUUAAAAAAAGCUGUUUAUAGGUUGUUAUUUUAAUAAAGAUACAAUGGUAUUAAUUUGUGUAGUGUUUAUCACAAGUGCUAAGUUACCCUAAUUAUAGUUAUUUUCAUUGUACACAUUCCAUUUUGUAGUAAAACAUUGUUUUAAAGAGAGCUUUUAUUUAAACAGAAAUAUUUUUCAUGAAAUUUACUUUUUUUUGGUUCAUGUUUUGAAGAAAUAGGUGGCAUUUUGAGUAUGUAUUGUUCAGAAUAAUAAAUAUUUUAAUAUAUCUGAUAAAAUCUGAAAUAAGUUACUUUAGAUUUUAUGAUGCUUUUACUAAUUAAAAUUAAUUUUUCUGACAUGUUCAAGAAAUUGUUUUUGGUGAACAAUUUGGAUGGCCACAACCACAUAUCUACAGCAUUUAACUUUUAUAUUCAAUUAUUUUAUUUUUAAAAUGUAUGUUUUUUUUCUGCAAUAGUAUAGUUUUGCAAUCGGCAUUUAUGCAAUACCCAUAGUGUUUUGAUUUUACACAAUUUUUUGGUUUUAUUCUUUAUUAUAUAUGCAAACCAAUAUUUUAAUAAUACAGAAAAGGUGCUUUUUGUCAUAAAUUUUCAUGUUUUGAUAACAGAAGGAUUAUUAAUGUAGUUACAGCUCUUAUGACCAGCAUUUUACAAUAAAUAUUUAUCUGCAAAGUUUAUUAAACACUUGAUUGCUACAAGCAAGGGUAAAAUAAUGAUGAAAAAUUCUUCUAUUAUUAAAUGUAUUAUUAAUAAGGUUUUGAACAACAUAAUUACUUAUUGCUUAGUAAUGGAUUUUCAUGUAGUAUUAAAUCAACUCUUAAAUACUUAAAAUUCAUUUUUUUUUAGAUUAUUUUCUCAGUUUUAUUUUUUGCUUUUGAUACAUGUGUGAGAAUAGAAAAAUGUAAAUGAAUGAAGUAUUUACUAUAUUUUUAAAUUGUUUCAAUAUUUGCUUGGUUUAUGUGGCUUUGUAGGUUAGAAUACAUUUACGUCCAUUAUAUAUUUUUAUCUAUAUGUGUGAUUAGGUACAGAAACAUUGAAAGUAAAAAAUGCUGCUCUGACUUAGGUGUUUUGACAAAUUUAAAAAGUAAUUAACAGUUUUGUCAUAUUAUCUUCUUGAAAAUUUACAUUUUAUUUGCUGAACUGAUUCUACCAAAAUAGCACUUAAUAUGUGCAGUGAAAAACAUGAUAUCUGCAGUUUCACAUUGAUCUUGAUACUUAUUGUUGAUAAUUGUUAGCUUUUCAGGGAGCUUUUGUUAUGCUUGGAUCAAUCCUGUUAUAUUGAGAUUGUUUCAGUAACACCAUGUAAGCUCUGCUUUAUGACAUGGAAAAAGGUUUUUAUCUUAUAAAUGAAAACAGUCUGUUUCUUGAAAUUCAUUUAUGUAAUUUUACAGAUCAUUUGAAAUAUUAAAAAUACAAUAUAAUGAAAGACAAAACUACUAAUUGAUAUUAAAAAAUAUUUACACCGAACUGUAAGCUGGUGUGUUGCUUGUCUACAUCUGAAAAUCAAUAUAUGAUAGAAACAAAAUACUUUUUAUUAUAUUAGCAAAGCUUUUAUGCUGGACUCAUGACUUCAUGUUUACCAGUUGAUCUAUUUAUAGUGGAGGGGGACAUUAAACGGAGUGGUGAUGGGAUUAUAUGCCAUGUUGUAAUGAAAACCUUAUCUGUUCCAUGUUUAUUAUGUUUAUAUCAGUUUGUUUCAAACAUUUUCCAAAUAAAGUUUGUACAAAUUAGA